GUGAGGACUGAGGAGGGUGCUUGCAAGUCAGUCAACGGGCUCCCGCCCGCUCGAAUGAGCAGAGCUGCUUCUUCUGCAUCUAGCUCGCCCCUCUGCAUCGCCAUGCUCGCCGAGAUCUGCUGCUAUCCCCACCGGAGAUGAGCGUCACGGCGGUCGGGUGCCAUCGCCUGAGCUGAGCUGAGCUCCUCUUCUGCCGCUCGUGCCGUGGCAAUUGGCAACACCAGGUUUGUCUGCUAUCCCAAGACUCGUCAUGCUGUGCAAAGCUGCUGUUUCUCUGCCCUUUUUGCUUGCCUCAUCUUUUUUUUUUUUGACAAAAUCUAGUAGGUCACUUUGUAUACGAGUAGUUUCUGCCGAGCAACGCAAUCCCUCGCUAGAGCCACUUCGAUCGCCGGUAGAUCUUUUCAAGUCGUGUUACUGUGUUAGGGAGCAACGAGGCAGCUCUUGGAAAAAAAGGAAAGAAUAAACAUGCAUAAAUUAAAGCUACCCCAGAUCUGACUCUUCGCAGCCAAAGGUGCGUGUUAGUGUGUUACAGUAGUAGGUACACUGAUUAACAAUGCAGAAUUUCCAGUCGCUGUCAUAGAGCCGUAUAUGGUACCUUGAGAUCUGCUGCUUCAUCUGCUGAUAAAAAGUGGAAAUGUGGUUGUUGUUGUUGUCGUCAUCGUUGUUUUCUUAAAAAAGAUGCUAAAUUUGACAUGAGUGUUUUAAAAGACUCCAAGACAUGAAUUCUAGUGUCUUAGUUUGUGCUUUAUGAUCAGAACUGUGUAGGGUAAGGAACAAAAGUGCCGUGUUUUAUAGCCUGCCAACACAUGAUUUUUUUUCCUUGUACCUUGUUACGGCUAGUUUAUACAACAUUAAUUGCAACGUUUUGGGUUCUUUUUUCUUUUUGAAAAGACGGCGUAAUUAAUAUUAGAGCACUAUAGCCUGCCAUCAGUGGCGGAGCUACGUGAGCUCAUCGGGGUCGCGGGACCCCGACGAAAUCUGUGAAACCCCACGUAAACUACUUUAGAUCUCUGCAUUCGAUCCCGACGUCCUAAUGGAGCCGACCGGUGGCACAAUCGUUUGGCUUCGCCCCUGCCUGCCAUAACACCAACUUUUUCUUAGCAUAAAUUUAGAUAUAGCCUGAGCCACAAAUGUUGAAGCUUUUUUUUUGAACCACAAAUCUUAAAGUUAUUUGACUGAAACUACCUAACACUUUUUUUUAAGAAAUUACCUAAAACUAUGCAGAGCUCUAGCAUGCAUGGUACACAAGGCUUGGCAGAGCAAAAAAGACCCAGUAUGUUCCGAAGGGGCCGCUGGGCUCCCCUCAUGAUAAAGUUGGGCUCUGUGCUAGGAGGCGGGCUAAAAGGAAAAUGGGUGGGUGGGUGGAUUGACCCCUAGGCUGGGCUGCUCCUAGCACAGCGCAAUUUCACUCAGCUAUUACUAUUAGGCAAGCAUGCUGCGCUUAACCGUUUCAGCCUCCCCAAGUUGCUUCUCAUGUUCCUCAAUCGUUCCGGGAAAAGUUUGGGCAGAUACCCCGAGUGUGGGUGGGCAUAAUUAACCGAGAACCGAACGAAAUAACCGAAAUUAAAAAAUUGGUUUUUUAUUCGGUUCCAGAAACCAUGGAUCCGAAAUAACCAAAAGAAAUUUGAUUCCGACUCUGGGUAAAUCCUCUGUUCCUAAAAUUUUUUUAGAACCGAUCGGUUUCUAUUUUUCAGGAACCGAAUUUGUUGAAAAAUUAAGAAACCGAACCGACCGAAGAACCGAAUGCCCACCCGAGCCCCAAGUCCUGAGAAAUGCAUGUCCAAUUUGCAUGUUGCAAGAAACAACAGCUAGCUUUACACGUGCUGGCAGUUCACCGCUUGGUUAGUGGGUUUCUUUCAGCUUAUAUUUGGUUGAUUUUGAAGGUUAGAUUUUUAAAAAUCUAAAAAUCAGAUGACUCCUAGAAUCCAUAAUGAGAGUUAUUUAACUUUUGGAUUUAUCAAAAUCUUCAAAAUUGGUAAGAAUCUGGAACAAUUGGGGCUAAUGAUGAGUCAGGAAGAUUUGUCCCGAAUCUUUCAGUGUCACUCCAUUCCCUUACCCUGUUCCGUUUGAGUUAUACAGCGUACUCCCUCCGUCCCAAAAAAUAAGUCAUCCUAGAAAUUCUAGGACAACUUAACAAGAAGGUAAAAUGACCAUGUUUGCCCUUGUAUAUUAUUCAUAUUUGGCACUAAUUGAUUCUUGUAUGCGUAUGCACUUUCUAAAUAGAGUAGAAUGACUUGUUUUUUGGGACAAAUUUUGAAUCCUAAGGUGACUUUUUUUUGGGACGAAAGGAGCAGGCGUUUAUCCGUUUGGCAUCACUGACUGUCUGGAACCAGUAAAAAGCAGCUCGAGCGAAGCUUCCGUCGUGGUUCGGGAAGCCAAUGCAAGGCUAUUGCUUUCCAAUUUGCACUGACACCAUCACGGCAUCCCAGCACACGUAGCCUCGCCACCAAAGACAAAACACUCGGUAAAGCGGGGGGCAUGGCCGGCUCCCAGCGCGUUCACCUAUCCCCCGGUUUCACACGAGCACACGCAGCGUCGUCGCACGCGCGCCACGCCAAAAAGCAACACGCCCUCGCUGCCAUCGCCCUUCUUCUCCCUCUUGCUAUAUAAUCUCCUCUUCCCCCUCGCCAUCAACCACCCUCUCGCCCCUGCUCAAAGUCGUUAAACACUAGCUCAGCCAAGGCGGCCUCAAGAUCCUGCCUGGCUGAACACCAUGGCGAGAGCUGCUUUCACCGCCGCCUUCGCCGACCUGUGGGCGGCGAUCACCGCCAUCCAGCUCUACGACCUCCUCAACCUGCAGCCAGGUGCGGGUGCUAGUGCUACUACACCAUCCGCUCAAGCCUCCGCGUCCGUCGGCGACUUCCAGAUCUUCCAGAUGUUGGUCGCGGCGGGAGGUCUCUACGCCGCCGUGGCGCUCAUUUACCGCCACGUCCACCAAGCCGAAGCCGCGGCCGCAGCGGGCGCCGGCAACCGCCGCCGCCUGUCGGGCGGCGUGGUCGUCCUCUUAAUCGCAGCGGUUAGCCUGCUCGAGUUUUCCCUGUUCGUGCAGGAGGGCGCCAGCGCCGUCGACGUCGUGGGCGCGCUCGGCCUGGCCGCUUUCCGCGCGUUGCCAGCUGCCGCGACGGCGACGUUCUUUUGGGGGAUGGUGCUCAUGCUCAUCGUCGUCGCACACGUCCGCACCGGCGGAGAAGGAGAAGGCGGCGCCCUCGUCGGAGAAGGGCAGAUCCAGGCAACCGUGCAGCUUGCCACAGAGAUGGCGUUCGCCGCGGCGGCAGCACUCGUCUGUCUGAUGACCAUGGCUCUGUAUGCCAAAUACUAGAACGAAGCUGGAGAUGUGCUGGUUGGGUUUUGGGUACAGUCAAAGAUUCAUCUUGGGCGCCAGCAUUGUCUUCUACGGAGCAUAUAUACGUGCAUCUCGGCAAUAAAUUUUGGCCUGUGUGUAAUUAAUUAUAAUACGAAUGUACUGAAUAUUUCUGUGCUGCUUGCUUGGGACUACAUGAGUAGAGUGAGGGAUGGUACUUUGAACUUAUGCGCCUGUUUUAACCGGAAUGUCUAUGCCUUCUAUAAUCAUUCGAAGCUAUCAGGAUAUGGUUAUGUGUGGAUUAAUAUGGUGAAAGUUUUUAUCUGGUGCA